AUGCCCUGUUCCAUUCUUCUUAUUGGUGACUCACUCACUGAAGGUUACUCGCAAUAUGGUCUUGUGUUUCAUCCAUAUGCUCAAACUCUGCAAGAGCUGUUCGAUAAAGCCGGAAUUGAUGUUACGAUAAAGCAAAAGGGUGUCUCGGGUGAGCGUGUCUGCGCCGGUACAAUGCAGCAGCGGUUGCAGAAAUAUUUAGCAGCAAGGGAAGAUAUAGGGAAUAAAAUCGACUGGGUUGUAAUAAUGGCUGGAACAAAUGACUUGGCUUCAUCAUCUGCAACCGACAUCUUCGCGUCUUUGAAAGAAAUGUAUGAUAUUUGCGAAGAAUACAACUCAAAAGUACUUGCAUUGUCUAUUUUGGAAAAUGGAUGGGUAGGUCAUAAGAAUGCUGAGAGCGAACCAUUAUGGGUGAAUUUGAAUUCACGAAACAAUAUAUCCCGUUCACAAAGUAACGCAAUGAUCCAAUCCUACAUUGCCUCCCGUACGCAAACGCCCGCUUCUUCUUCCAAUUUGUUCUUUUACGAUCUUGCUCGUGACUUUCCACUGGCGUCUCUUUCAGAUGAGGAAGUAGAUGAAUAUUGGGAUUUCGAUAAACUGCAUCUUACUCCUGCUGGAUAUGAUCGGGUUGGAGAGUUGGUGUUUGGUGCUUUGAAGGCAUUGAUUGUCGAUGGGUCGGGAUUGCAGAGUGAGUGA